UAAUUUCGUUAAAUCGACAAUAAACGAGCUUAGACCAAAUUAUUUUGUAAUUUAAAUUUUUAUUCCUGUUUUACCUAUUGAAUUUAAAAAAAAUUUUUUAGCAACAUGAUUAAGCAAACAGUUUGCAAUGCUACUGAUCUUCGUGAAGGAGAGCUUAAAGAGUUUGAUUUAGGACCAGGAAAAGUAUUACUAUCAAAAGUAAAUGGUCAAAUUAGUGCUGUUAGUUCUAAAUGUACCCAUUAUGGGGCCCCUCUUAUAACUGGAGCAUACAAAAAUGGUAAAGUUAGAUGCCCUUGGCAUGGAGCAUGUUUUAGCACUAUUACUGGAGACAUAGAAGAUUUUCCAGGUCUUGAUUGUUUGCAAAUGUUCAAAGUAGAAGUGAAUGAUGGAAAAGUUAUUGUGACAGCCAGUGAAGAGAGUUUAAUCAACUUUCGCCGUGUCAAAAGUAUGGAUGGAUAUUGCAGUGGAAAUAAAAAUAUUAUUUUAAUUCUUGGUGGAGGUGUAUCAGCUUUAAUUUGUGCAGAGACCUUAAGACAAGAGGGUUACCAAGGUGAAAUAAUCAUGGCAACAAAAGAGUCACAUGUUCCUUAUGAUAGAACAAAAUUGAGUAAAGCACUAAAUACUAAACCAAGUGAUUUGUAUUUAAGAGAUAAUAAUUUUUUAAACGAAAAAGGUAUAAUAAUGGCUUUUGAUAAACUUGCUGUCUCUGUUGAUAUAAUUCAAAGAAAAGUUACAUUUGCUGAUCAUUCAGUUCAAAGCUAUACUAAAUUGUUUAUUGCAACAGGCAGUCAGCCACGCCGUCUUGAUAUACCUGGAAAUGAUUUAGAAAAUAUUUUUUACUUAAGAACUCCUGAAAAUGCUAAUGACAUAGAUUCUGCUUGCAUUAAUAAAGAUAUUGUUAUAUUGGGUUCAGGAUUUAUAGGUAUGGAGUUAGCAUGUUACUUUGUCAAUAAAGCAAAAUCAGUUUCUGUUGUUGGUCUUACAAAUGUUCCGUUUGAAAAAUUGUUGGGAGAACGUGUAGGAAAAUCAUUAAAAAUGUUACAUAUAGCUAAAGGCGUAAAAUUUUUUGAAUCUUCAAUAAAAGAGUUGAUUGGUACACAAGGAAAGGUGGUUGGAGUUGUACUUACUGAUGGAACUUUGAUAAAAACUGAUGUAGUCAUUUCAGCAAUAGGUGUGAGCCCUUCCACAGAAUUUCUUGAAAACUCUAGCGUUGUAAGGGAUGAGCGUGGCUUCAUAAAAGUAGAUCAGUUUAUGAAGUGCUACACUGAUGUUUAUGCUGGAGGUGAUAUUGUGUCUUUUCCAUAUGUUUAUGAUUCUGGUAAAUAUAUAAAUAUUGGCCAUUGGCAAGUAGCAUCUGCGCAUGGGCGUAAUGCAGCUCUUAACAUGCUUGAAAAGAAUGUUCCACUUAUUACUGUGCCAUUUUUUUGGACUUCAUUGUAUGGAAAUUCACUCAGAUAUGCUGGUCACUGUUCAUCUUUUGAUCAAAUUUUGUAUGAAGGGAAUGUUGAAGAGCUGAAAUUUGUCGCAUAUUACUGCAGAGAUGGACAAGUUCGUGCUGUUGCAUCAAUGAAUUGUGGCGCAAAAGCAUCUGAAAUGGCUUUUAAAAUCGAAUCUGGAGAUAUCAAACCACCUGAUAACAUUUAAUUUUGUAUUUAUUCGAAUAUAUUUUUUUAGAAAAGAGAUUUUUUAUAUAGAGGUUUUUGA